AUCCACACAUGCACGCACACACACACACACACACUAAAGUGAACGCCUCUCCUAUGGCUGCUGCGGCCACUCCUCCUGGAACAACAGCACUCUGUUCUCCAACGCCGUUAAAUGACACCAGAACGACUGAAAAGUGAUGUAGAACGAGUUUAAAGGACUCCAGCUGAUUUGCGUCUGUCCGCUGCGGCGUCCACACACACACUCCGAGGCGCUGGGACUGAGAAAUCUGCAGGAAUAACACGCGCCUCCUUCAAGCAGCUGUGUAUUGAUGCACGCUAACGAAUCGCCUAACUUCAUAAAUGGAUUAUUCGAGCCCUCAGACCAUUUGAAUCAAUGUGUUUUUUCUUGAAACAGUAAACUGUCCUUGGAACAAAAGCUAAAAUCAUCGCCGCAUCUUAAAAGCCAUUAUUUUUUUACUUACGCUCUCCAGGACACACGAUCCGCGCGCACUUUUGACUAAAGCGUGAGUGAUGUUUCAAGCUACUUUCGCAUAAUACUGACCCGUGCAUGCAUAUGUUUAAGCAUUUAGCAGUAUAAAGGCACUGAGUUGUUAAAUAAAGCAACUAAAGUCUUUGUCCCGGAGCUCUUGGAGAGAUGGAGGGACAGGAUGGCAAAGGGAAUAAUGACAGUAAUCAAAAGGCAGACAAAAGGUUUGCUCUCUGGUACAUGGGCUGGUCGUCUCUGGACAGGCGGACCACGCUGCCCAUGCUGCCCUGGCUGCUGGCGGAGAUCCGGAGGAAAAGUGAGAAGAACGAGUCCGGUCCCGCACAGGCCAGAGAAGUUCAGCUGUAUCUCUCGCCUCCUCUGAUCCGCUGUGUGCCAGCUAACAGCAGCAACCCCUCCGUCUUCAUAUUCGAGCACAAAGCGCAGUUUAUCUCCAGAUUUAUCCACAAUAGCAAUGACUUGUCUUAUUUUGCCUACCUUAUCAGAAGUCAACCCGAUAACCCCGAGUCUGAGAUGGCAUGCCAUGUGUUCAAGGCAUGUGAUCCAAACCAGGUGCCUGAGGUUAUUAGCAGCAUUAGACAGGUGUCCAAGGCUGCUCUUAAGGAGGAAAGCAAGCCCAAGCAAGAGAGUGACGAGUCUUUCUACAACUCCCAGAAAUUCGAAGUGCUUUACUGUGGAAAAGUGACAGUCAACCACAAGAAAGCCCCUUCCACUCUGAUUGAUGACUGCAUUGACAAAUUCCGCCAACACGAGAUUGAACGUAAGCGUCUGCGGCUCCUCAAUGGCCAGCGGAGCUCUACCGAGGCCCCCGUGGACUUCAUUGUGGGUGACAACCCUCUAAGUUCCUCUCUUUGUAAAGUUGAUGAACCUGAGCCCAAUCUAAAUGAGGAAGAACUGUCUGAGGUGGGCAAUGGGAUUCUGGACAUGACUAGCUCAUCCAGUACGGGCAGCCUACUGGGGUCCUUUGACUGUAUCUUGGAGGACUCAGGUUUUGGAGAGCAGCAGGAGAUUCGCACACGCUGUAAUAGCCUGGCGGGCGGCCUACAGAAAAGGACCAGAGAGUUGGGCAAGGGGUCGACACGUAGGAGACACGCUAGCGCGCCCAAUAACGUGCAGCCGUCUGAUGCUGACAAGAAUCGUACAAUGCUAUUCCAGGUUGGACGGUUUGAAGUGAAUCUCAUCAGCCCUGACACUAAAUCUGUGGUUCUGGAGAAGAAUUUCAAGGACAUCUCGUCCUGUUCACAGGGUGUCAAACAGACAGAUCACUUUGGCUUUAUUUGUCGGGACGUGGUGGAGUCUGGCCCAGCUCAGUAUGUGUGUUAUGUGUUCCAGUGCGCUAGUGAGUCUCUGGUGGAUGAAGUAAUGCUCACCCUGAAACAAGCCUUUAGCACAGCAGCAGCUCUGCAGAGCUCCAAGAACCAAAUCAAACUGUGCGAAGCUUGUCCAAUGCAUGACUUGCACAAGCUCUGUGAGAGGAUAGAAGGUACAGCCGCCAGCUUCCAUCAGCUCACUCAAUGUCCUUGUCCCACACUUAGUACAAUAUUCUCUCUCAAUGUCCCAGGUUUGUAUCCUCCCAGGGCGAAACUAGCCAUUCAGAAGUACCUGUCCCAACUGACCGACAACGAGCAGGUCAAUAUAUUCGAGCGGGUGCAGAAAAUGAAGCCAGCGUCUGAUCAUGAAGAAAACGAGCUUGUGAUUCUUCACCUCCGACAGCUGUGCGAGACCAAGCAGAAGUCUCAUGUUCAUAUUGGAGAGGUCCCACAGCAGAAUGCUUCUGGCAGCACCGUGACCUCUGAUAACUCCAUUGUGGGCCGUAAUAAACUGGACGUGUUGAAGAACAAAGCCCGGAGUUCUCUGACAAGCUCCCUGGAGAACAUCCUCUCAAGGGGGGCCAGCCGUAUGCGAAUGCGUCUUGGCAGCAUGGGAAGUUUUGACCGCCAGGGCGACUCACCUGGUGACUCCCCACCUGGAACUCCACCCAGUUACAUUGAGGAGGACCCAGAUGCCCCGCAGUUCCGUCGCCGGGCGCACACCUUCAGCCACCCUCCCAUCAAGAAGAAAAUCUCCUUCACUGAGGUUUCCUCCCAGGCCUGUAAAGCUCCGCUGCGCCGACAGCAGUCUUUGGCCCCUGAGCUGCUGCAGAACAGCACCGUUGGUUACACGAGAGUGCGCAGUGUCUCUGAGAGCGAGUCCUACUUCAGUCGCUCAUCCUCCUUCCACACCCCCACUUUCCUGAAAACCUUUUACCAGAGCUCCCUCCUGUCGGACAGCGGGAGUCUUAAGAGUGGUAAUGGAGAGGGCAGGAAGAGGUCUCUGUCAGGCUGUAGCACCGAUUCUUUGACCUUGGUGCCUCCACGCAGAGUUUCUUGGCGCCAGAAGAUCUUCCUAAGGGUGGCGUCACCCAUGAACAAACCCUGUGCCUCUAUGCAACACGUGGACCACAUGGAUGGCUGGGAGCUGCUGCCACUUUCUCCUCGGGCUUUGAACCAGGAUCAAGAUCCUCAGGUCAGCCCCCUGUCCCUAGAGCAGGGCCGGCGCAGUCCAGCUGACUUCAGGGCCCUGUGGAAGAAAGCCAUCCACCAACAGAUAUUGCUCAUCCGCAUGGAGAAAGAGAACCAGCGCCUGGAGGAAGCCAGCCGUGAUGAAUUGCACAUUCGUAAAAUGAAGCUGGACUACCAGGAAGUGUGUCCAUGCUCAAAAGAGGUGCAGGCCCUUUGGGACAGGAAGUUGAGUAGUCCCUGCCGCACUAAAGUACAGUGGGACAAAGAAGAGAUCCAUAGUGCUGUAUGUCAAGGUGUCCCCAAAAGUCGGCGAGGUGAAGUGUGGCUCCUGCUCUCUCAGCAGUAUCGUUUGCAUCACCGUCUGCCGCAGCGGCAGCAGCCCCCUGAAACCCCUUAUCAGGAUCUCCUCAAACAGCUCACAGCACAGCAACACUCCAUCCUGGUCGACCUCGGCCGGACAUUCCCAACACACCAGUAUUUCAGCGCUCAGCUGGGAGCUGGACAGCUAUCUCUGUACAAUCUCCUGAAGGCCUACUCCCUGCUGGACACGGAGGUGGGCUACUGCCAGGGGAUCAGUUUUGUGGCCGGCUUGCUGCUUUUGCACAUGAGCGAGGAACAGGCAUUCGACACUCUCAAGUUCCUCAUGUACGACCUGAGCAUUCGCCGACAGUACCGUCCCGACAUGAUCUCUCUGCAGAUCCAGAUGUACCAGCUGUCCCGACUGUUGCACGACUAUCACCGUAACCUGUACACUCACCUGGAGGAGCACGAGAUCUGUCCCAGCCUGUACGCCGCACCCUGGUUUCUCACUCUCUUCGCCUCUCAGUUCCCGCUCGGCUUUGUUGCCCGAAUAUUUGACCUCCUGUUUGUCCAAGGCACGGAGGUGAUUUUUAAGGUGGCCCUGUGUUUGCUGAGCAGCCACGAGGGAGAGAUACUGGAGUGUGACUGCUUUGAAAGUAUUGUGGACUACCUUAAAUCCACCAUCCCCACCCUCACUCAUAGCCAAAUGGAAGAGAUGAUCACUCAGGCAAUUGAGAUGGACAUCUCGAAGCAGCUGCAUGCGUAUGAAGUGGAGUACCACGUCCUGCAGGAUGAGCUGGCAGAUGCUCCUCCACCUUUAGAGGACUCCGAUAGGCUAGAUAAACUGGAGAAAGCUAAUGCCCAGCUCAAGAAACAGAACAUGGACUUACUAGAGAAACUGCAGUCGGCUCGUUUGAAGAUUCAGACGUUGGAGAGCAGCGUAGAGAGCUUCCUUUCACGCGAGAGCAAAAUGAAGCACCUGAUCCGUUCUCUGGAACAAGAGAAAGCUUCCUACCAAAAGACCAUUGAGCGCAUGCGUAGCAGUUUGCCAUCGGAUGCCAUGACUGAUGUGGAGAUGACCCAACUCAAGUCCAGCACCAACGGGAAAGCCAAAGAAACUGCCUGCAAAAAGCCUUGAAUCCCCAUCCUACUCACUGAUGCAUCAUAUAGGUACAUCAGUAGGGAGUUAGCCUGCUUCUUCAUCUUUUGUGUUCCCAUCAUGCUAAUUGAGAGACAUGGGAAUGUUUGACGCCAUUCAGCCUCACAGAGAAAACUUGAAAACAAACGAAAGUGCUUUCUUUCCAUAGAGCUGCACAACUUGUGCAUUAAUGUCCAUGUGUGAUAAUACGCUCACUGUGAAGGUUUAUUUUUGACCUGGCACUCCGAACCAGGUGUUUGGAGGAAACCAAAUAUUUACCAGUUCAAACUUUUUGCUUAAAUUGCUUCACCUAAAGUGCAGGCAGGAAGUGAAACCAUGUGCUGCUGGGUUUCCUCUGCAACUUACAAACAGUCCUGCUGUCCAGACUGUCCAGUUUGAGCUCAUGGACUUCAAGCGAAUCACUGUCUAAAAACAUGAAGAGUAAUUUGUCUUCAAACCAUCGUCUUCGAUAUUGCACAGUGUGCCUGAUGAAUGUUGUGUUGGAUACUAUGCCAUAAUAAUGUGCGUGUGCAAUCUUUGAAAUGCAGUGUGCAAUGGUCGCCCGGGCAUUAAAAAAAAAAAUCCCACAAUCCAUUGGGGAUUUUACCAUUGUUUGGGUUUCUUUUCAAAUGAUCACUUGUUUUUUGUGUGGCACCAACUGUCCUUGACAUCUGCACAAAUAUUUUUGUAGUGUUUAAGAGUGCAGGGGUCUUGACUUGUGUCAGAAUAUUCCUCUGCUGUGGAGAGCGGCUCACAAAAGAUCUGUUAUGAUGAUGAGAAUCUGUCAGAACUUAUAUAGAUAUCAAUAUCACAUGCUAUAGCAUUGUAUUUCAUUCACUUUUUGUCAGACAUUUGUACUACAGGUUUUAUGUGAUGCUAGUUCAUUUUGGCCUUGGGAUAUAAAACGACAGAUUAAACAUUGGUUAAAACCACCUGUUCAGCUUGAUGUUGGCCAGAUAUGAUUGUAUAUAUACCGUAAUAAAAAUGACACUGGUCAAUCAUCUAACAACAAGAAUGUGAAGCUAAAGCAGGAAUAUCUACUUGAACACUCGUUGUUGUUUGUCUGUUUUCAUAUGAUCUACGUUUGUCUUCACUACACCGAUCAGAACCUGCCUCGUUUUGACAGUUUAAUGAAUGAAUCACAAUUGUUGGAAGAUGAUAAACUCUAAUGUAAGUUUUGUUAAAUGUGUGCAAGAGCUUCUUCCUGCUAUUUUAUGUUCGAAUGAACAUAAUAUGGCAAAAAGUAACAUUAAGAAGUGCAGGCCUGGUGGGGUUACCAAUGCCUUGAAUAUGAUCAGCUGAUCAGCUUUCUUUUAGUUAUUGAUUGUUUUUGGAAUAAUUGUAAUGUUUUGACAUUGCAAAUUGAAAAGACUUGCAUAUGAAAGAGUCAAAACAUACGCACGAUUAAUCAAGGGCCACAAAUACUGUUCAUCACCUGUUCAGAGGAGGUACAUUCUAGCAAUACACUGAAAGUUUAACAGUGUGAAGGAUGAGGGACAAAUGAUUCAUCGUGCAAGUUUUCAAUAUUUCUCAAUGCUAUAUUCAAAUAGUAUGUCUUCAUACAAAAAAAAAAAAGACAUAAAGCAAAUGGUCUGAUGAUGUGUUUGAUACAUCAGUCAUUCUUUUUCAUACUUUGUUCAAUGUGCCAAAACUUUUUGAUCAUUACAUCACGUUUCCAUUGUCACAUGCUGCCGAAGUUUUGUUGCACUACAUUUUUUGUUUGCAAUGAAUCUUUGGUCACCAUUGAAGGUGUGUGUGCAGUGUGCAAACAAUGUCUUGAUGCUUUCUUUUGUUUAGACUGAGUUGUCAGUCCUCUAUACUCCAUUAAAAUCAACUUUUUAUA